GCAACCGUUAAUCCUAUCACUCCCUGGGACUGGAAUUGGGAUGGCAAGCAGUUUGAAGGUCCAAAUAGCCAAAAUGCCACCGCAAGCGGGGACGCAACCACCGGUGUAACCAUGCAUAGCAGACAUCUUCUUCUCAUCCGGCAUGGUCAAUACGAAUUUGCACAAGACGAUAAAGACUGUCAUCUAACUGAAUUGGGACGGGAGCAACUGGCGCAUACCGGCAGGCGGUUGCGUCAGCUGAACCUUCCCUAUGAAAGAAUGGUCGUUUCGACAAUGACAAGGGCCACAGAGUCCGCGGAGGAAAUACGAAAGCAGCUUCCCAGAAUCUCAGCAGAGUCUUGCGAACUCAUACGAGAAGGUGCCCCCUUCCCGGGCGAACCUCCGAUUCCGAACUGGAAACCAAGUGAAGAGGAAUUUCGUGUUGAUGGUCAACGAAUUGAAUCAGCUUUCAAGAAGUACGUCCAUCGAGCAGGCGCAAGACAAAAAGCAGACACUUUCGAGUUAUUUGUCUGUCAUGCAAAUGUGAUACGUUACUUUAUUUGUCGUGCAUUACAACUACCACCAGAAGCUUGGAUACGUUUCUCGCUAGAUAAUGGGAGUAUCACGUGGCUCACAAUUAGACCGAAUGGACGUGUCUCAUUGCGCUGGCUCGGAAAUUCUGGUCACAUGCCUCCGGAGAAGUUAUCACUAUCAUAG